AUGAAAAUAAAAUACUUUCUAAAGGCUUCCAAACCAAACUCACCUGAGGCUCUGCCUAUCGGCCAACGAGACAUAACUAAAACACUAUUGCAAAAAUGGAACAACAUUUUUGACAGUUUUGUGAAGAGUUAUAAAAAAAAUAAAACUCUUAAGUCAGGCUCUAGUUUUAGAAGAAUAAGAAAGUACAUCUUCCACGAUCAGUUGCAAUUCCUUGCAAAAACAAUCGAACACAAUACUACAACAUCCAGUAUUUCACAAGAAAAAAAUACCGAAACGAUGGCGCAACAGAAUGUAGAUGAUAGUAGCAAUGAAGGCGAUUCUCAAAUUGAUUAG